UGGGCUGGACAGAAACGUACUCGUGUUUCUAUGUUGUCUGAGAGUGACCUCCCUGGUGGAAGAUAACUGACAGCUCUGAGGGGAAUACACAAAUACAACACUUCAACAAUUCCUGUCAAGUUAUCAUAAAAAGCGGCAUUGAUUGAGUCAGAUACAGCAGCUUGCAGAAACGUGCAUAAGGCUUCAGAUAAAAGGGCACUUUCAAGCUGGGAAACCAAGCCAGUGGGGAAUUGUGUUUGCUUUACAGCAUUGUCUCUGCCUGCGCAACACAGACUGAAAGACUACAGGAAGUAAUACAGAACCUUAUUACUCCAGUUUUGACAGAACAUCAAGCAGUAACAGUUCACAGUGCUUUGUACUUGGCAUUUUAACCACAGAAUUCCAGAGGAUAAAAGCACAGCAACUGAAAAAUUCUUUUGACAGAUCUUUAAAAAUUCUUGGAUUGCACUUAAUAUACAAAGGACUCACUGCACUUUGAACGGACACAGAAAAUGUUGAUUUCUUCUCUGUUUUUCUUCAGCUGCAGUCUCUCCCUGGGAACAGGGUUUCACAAGGGUAUGGAUAACACUGGAAAAAGGCAUUAUCAAAUACAGCACGGGCCUUGCAGUUAUACCUUUUUGCUUCCCGAAGUGGACAACUGCCGUUCGGUGGCAAAUCACUAUGUGCCUAACACGGUGCAAAGGGACUCUCCAGAAACAGAUAAUGAUGGCUCUUUGCAAAGGCUUCAGCAACUUGAAAAUAUAAUGGAAAACAAUACACAGUGGCUGCAGAAGCUUGAAAGCUACAUUCAAGACAAUAUGAAGAGUGAAAUGGUGCAGAUGCAGCAGAAUGCAGUACAAAACCAUACAGCAGCCAUGCUAGAAAUAGGAACAAACCUCCUCACUCAGACAGCUGAACAAACACGUAAAUUAACAGACGUGGAAGCACAGGUUUUGAAUCAAACAUCUAGACUUGAGCUUCAGCUUUUGGAAAAUUCUCUCUCAACAAAUAAAUUGGAAAAACAAAUAAUGAUCCAAACUAAUGAAAUUACUAAACUACAUGAAAAGAAUGGAUUACUGGAACAAAAAGUCUUGGAAAUGGAAGGCAAACAUGCAGCUGAACUCGAGUCAUUAAAGCAAGAAAAAGGGCAGCUCCAAGAGUUAGUAACACGACAGAAUUCCAUCAUAGAGGAACUGGAAAAGCAACUGGUUACAGCAACAUUAAACAACACAGUCCUUCAGAAACAGCAACUUGACUUGAUGGAGACUGUUCACAAUUUGAUUAAUCUGGUAUCCCCUACUAGCUUCAAAAGCUCGUUUGUAGCCAAAGAGGAACAAAUCCACUUUAAAGACUGUGCUGACGCUUACAAAUCAGGACUUCGAGCAACUGGAAUCUAUACACUUUUUGUACCGAACACAACUCAACCAAUACAGGCAUUUUGUGAUAUGGAAUCCAAUGGAGGAGGAUGGACUGUAGUACAACGUCGUCAAGACGGCAAAAUGGAUUUUCAGCGCUCAUGGAAAGAAUACAAAACAGGGUUUGGUGAUCCUGCUGGGGAAUACUGGUUGGGAAAUGAAUUUACUCAUCAACUAACCAAUCAGAAGACCUAUGUCCUUCGUAUCCAAAUGCGAGACUGGGAAGCGAAUGAAGGUUUUUCAUUGUACAAUCAAUUCUACUUGGAUAGUGAAACACAGAAGUACAGAAUUCAUCUUAAAGGCUACAGUGGGACAGCAGGCAGGAUAAGCAGUCUCAGCCAUCUGGGAAAUGAUUUUAGCACUAAAGAUUCAGACAAUGACAAAUGCCUUUGCAAUUGCGCAAAAAUGGCAUCAGGAGGAUGGUGGUUUGAUGCCUGUGGUCCAUCCAACCUGAAUGGAUUAUACUACUCAGCAGGGCAGAAUACAAAUAGAUUCAAUGGAAUCAAAUGGUACUACUGGAAAGGGUCAGGAUACUCUCUGAAAGCUACCACUAUGAUGAUCAGACCUGCAGACUUCUGAUUAUGAUUCUUGCACAUGGGUUGUUUUUGUUAGUUCAUAUGAUGUAUAAAGACAUUUUUCAGCAAAUCUGUAAAGACACACUUACUACUAUAUUUAAAAUAUUGACUAAUAUGUAUACCAUGCAUUAAUAUUUUAAGUUGUUUGUUUGAAAGCAAAGAAGCCAGGGCUCCAACGAACAAAAUGGGCAAAAUUGCUUGUGAAUUGCUUUGCAUCUAUUUUUAUAAUAGUCAGUUCCACUUUAUGGGGAAGCUUUGUUUUGAUUAUAGAGAUAAACACUGGGAAUACUAAAAUGUCAUCUGAAAUUGAAUCCCUGGAAGAGGUUAUAUUUUAUCUUAGAGACACUACUAAGUGUAGUCAUAUAGGAAACUAAAUGCUUUAUAUUUCAGAUAGUAUGUUAAUGAGUAAUGAAUACUUGAGCAUCUCCCCAUGACAAUGAUUUCAACAGAAAGUUGUUCUUAAGAAAAUUAAUAUUGAUCUCCAAAGAAAUGGAAACUGGAAUUGUGAAAGAUCAAAAGUACAAUUAAAGAGAAAAACACAUUUAAGAUUCAAAAUUAAAGUUAUUUCAAAAUAAUCUUGCCCACUAAUAAGCUUUUGUUUUGGACUUACAAUCAAAAAUAGUCUUCUUACAGACCACAAAGUAUAUUUCACCAAAUCGAUGUUUGAACUUUUUUUCUUGGAAAAAAUUAAAAUCUUUUUUAAAAAAACUACAAUAAAAUUCCCCUGGUGCCA